CUGUGGUGCUCUAUGAUGAACUGGAGGUGUCAUGGCGGCCGUUGAGGUGGCAGCUCGAUCUGGAGGCCUUACAGCUGAUUGAAUAACCCCGGUCGUGACAGCUGGCCGGUAGAAAUCCUACCCAAAAAAGUCACCCGGCAGCUUGUUGCUCUGCUUGAAGCGACUAAACCCAAGGGACGCACCCGACUUGGGUGGGGGAAAGCGGCGUCGGAGACCCCAGCUGAUUGUUACUGCCGUGCUUUCUCUCUUUCUCCGAGGACUGUGUUGAGCCUGGACUAGGAUGUCGUCGUGGCUGGGGGGCCUCGGUGCGGGUUUCGGCCAGUCCCUGGUGGGACAGGUCGGAGGCAGCUUGUCGACACUAACCGGGCAAAUCUCCAGCUUCACCAAGGAUAUGCUGUUAGAAGGGACAGAAGAGGUGGGAGGUGCUGCAGUUGAUUUUCCUGUAUCUGACAAUAGUCUGAAAGAUGUAGAAAGCCUUCAUUCCACACUGCGAUCAGAGAAUGAAAGGUUGAAAAAGUUUUGUAAUGAUCUUGAAGAAAAGAACGAAGUAGCAGAGCUUCAGAUAAAGCAAAAAUCUAUAGAUUACCGCAAUCAGCUACAGCAGAAAGAGGUGGAAAUCAGCCAUCUUAAAGCCAGGCAGAAUGCUUUACAGGAGCAACUACAGAAAGUACAGUCAGCUGCUCAGUCAUCACAGUUAAAACCCGUUGUUUCUCCAUCAGCUUCUUUUGUUCCUGUUGUUAGACAUCAUUCUUCUGAUUUUCAUAGAGAUGAUAUGGAUUUUGGAGAUGUGAUCUGGUCUCAACAAGAAAUAAACAGACUGUCCAGUGAAAUUUCUAGGCUCGAAUCUGAAAUUGAGCACUGGAAACAGAUUGCACAGUUUUCUAAGCCUCAAGGAGAAAACAGUACAGAUCAAAAUGAAAUCUGCAAGCUGCAAAAUAUUAUCAAGGAACUGAAACACAAGUUGAGCCAAGAAAUAGACGAGCACCAGCAUGAGCUUUCAGUAUUGCAAGAUGCACACCAUCAGAAAUUAACAGAGAUAAGCCGACGUCAUAGAGAAGAACUAAGUGAAUAUGAGGAACGAAUAGAAGAAUUGGAGGAUCAAUUACAGAAAGUUGGUGGAAAUACUGAAGCGUCUUCUGAAAUAGAUCUACAAAAUGGAUCAAAACCACAAAACCUGAGUGACUUACAAAAUAAAGUGGAAUGUUUAAGUCAACAAUUGUCUUCAGCAGAAGAGGAGAAAGAUAUUCUCUUGAAAGAACUUGAAUUUGUAAAAAAAGAGAAAAAUCAAGUAAGAGAAGAAUACGAAAGUCUAAAAUCUGAAUGCCAAAUAUCUAUUCCUGAAAAACAGGCCAGUGUAAAAGUAGAGGAAGUCCCUAGUUUUGUAGAAGAAUCGUUGAAGGCUGAAGUGGAACGAUUGCAACAAGCACUACUUGAUGCAGAAAGUGAAAUAACAAAACUGAAAACAUUAAAUCAGGGAGAAGUUAACCAAGAAAUGCGAGGUUUACAACCUGUUAGUACUAUGAAAGAACAGAACUUGGAAAAUCAGCUACAACACAUGUUAAAGAAACAACAUGAAUUGAAUGAAAGCAGUGCUGAAAAAGAAACUCUAAUAGCAGAAUUGGAAGAACUGGACAAGCAGAACCAAGAAGCUACCCAGCAUAUGAUUAUGUUAAAGGAACAACUAGCCAAACAAAAUGCAGAAGCCGCUGAAGUUAUCAGGCAGCUAAAACAGGAUGUAAAAUCUGGGGAAAAAACAAUAUCUAUGUUGGAGGCGCAGAAAAUGGAAAUGAGCAAAGAGGUGCAAAACCAGAAAGAAGCAUUGAAUCAAUGCUCACUUGACCUUAACAAUUUGCACGUGGCUAACCAACACCAGGAAAAUAAAAUAAAAGAGUUAAAAGAACAACUUGAAAUAUCCCAACAUUAUAGCUCCAAAAAUGAACAGGAAAUUAUAGAAUUAAAGAAAAAUCUAACUGAAAGAGAAGAAGAAUGUUCUCUUCUCAAAAAUGAAUUAACCAAGUUAUGUCAAAAAUCUGAUAGUUAUCAAGAUCAUUCAGUCACUGAAAGAGGAGAAGAAAUAUCAGUCCUGAAGCAGCAAAUUUCUAAAAAUAAAUUAAUAAAUACAGAUUUGGAGAAAUCCAUCACGAAUCUUCAAACAGAAAAGGGAAGACUUCAUUUAGCAUGUGAGGAACUUAAACAGCAGUUGCAAAUAGCUAAUAGUGAGAAGAGUAAAAUUGGUUUUGAAAAAGAUACUCUGCUGGAAGCUUUGAAACUUGAGAAGGGACAGUUAGAAAGAGAAUUAAACCAGACUGAAAAACGAUUGUUGGAGCAGGCUCAUAAAUAUGAACAGACCAUUGAGGAGUUAUCAAAUGCACGUAACAUGGAUACCACUGCAUUACAAUAUGAACAUGAACGGUUAGUAAAACUUUCUCAAGACAAAGACUUUGAGAUAGCAAAUCUCAAAAGGAACAUUGAACAGAUGGAAAUAGAUCAUGAAGAAACUAAGGAGAUGUUAACUACUAGCUUAGAUGGGCAAAAACAACUGACAGAGCUCAUAAAAGAGAAAGAAGUAUUUGUUGAAAAAUUUAAAGUCAGAGUUUUUGAGUUAGAGCAGCAACAUGAAGAUUAUAUUGAGAACAUGAAAAGAAUUGAGGGACUAAAGCAGAAUUUAGAGGAAAGGGAGAAAAGUCUUUCAGCUAUGAAAGAAGAGACCAGUCAUUUGAAAGAAGAGAAUGAGCGAUUAAAAGAACAACAAAGUAGGUCCCCUCCUUUGGCUGAGCGCAAAACCUUGGAUAUCAUCACAGAACUUGAAGCAGAAAUAACACAAGUAACUAUACUUAAAAAUAGUCUGGAAGAAGAGGUGAAAUUAAACAAAAAGACAUUUGAGGAUCAGAACUUGAAAAUGGCUCAACUGCAGCAAUCCCUACAAGAAUACAAAAAGGAAACUGAGGAAUCCAAAUUUCAGCAUGACCAAAUGAACAUAGUACAUAGGCAGGUAUGCAUGGAGAAGGAUGAAGAAAUCCAAAGCCUGCAGAGAACAGUAGAACAAAUGAAGACACAACUAAACAACCAAAGAAAGGUAAUUCAGCAAGACUCUCCUGAUCUUUUUCAGGAAUCUAAAGUUCAGGCACUUAAUGGUGAAAAUGGGAAUGAGAAGUAUGACCUAUCUAAGGUUGAAAUUGAAAGGCUGAUAAGAGGCAUUAAGGAGAGAGAAAGGGAAAUCAAGCUUCUGAAUGAAAAGAACAUUUUGCUAAGUAGACAGAUUGACCAGUUAUCUAAUGAUGAAGUUGGCAAACUUACCCAGAUCAUUCAAGAAAAAAACUUAGAAAUACAAGCACUGCAUGCAACGGUUUCCUCCCCAUCUUACAAGCAAGAUGUUCUUUUCCUUCAACAGCAAUUACAGGCCUAUGCCAUGGAAAGGGAACAAGUGCUAGCAGUUCUUAGUGAAAAAACUAGAGAAAACAGUCAGUUAAAAACAGACUAUCACAAAUUAGUGGAUAUUGUUGCAGCUAAGGAAUCAGCCAUCAAAAAGUUACUAGAAGAAAACCAAAAGCUAUCCAGCGAAUUUGAAAGUAGCAGUCAUGAUAUGUCUCGAGAAACUAUAAAGAACUUAUCCCGUAUCAUCCGAGAGAAAGAUAUUGAGAUUGAUGCUUUAAGUCAGAAAUGCCAAACUUUAUUAACUGUCCUGCAGUCUUCCAAUAUAAACUCAGGCAAUGAGUUACCAGGAAUUAAUAGUAAUCAGUUUGAGGAACUUUUACAAGAACGUGACAUGCUAAAACAGCAAGUAAAGAAAAUGGAAGAGUGGAAGAAACAAGUAAUGACUACUGUUCAAAAUAUGCAGCAUGAGUCUGGUCAUCUCCAAGAAGAACUACAAAAACUUCAGGUACAAAUUUCAGUUGAUAGUGAAAACAAUUCCCACCUACAGCUAGAGUACAAUGGCUUAAUACAGGGCUAUGAACAAAAUGAGAAAAAGUUAAAAACCUUUACUCAAGAAUUAGCCCAAGUUCAGCAGAGCAUAGGAAACCUUAAUAAUACCCGGGAUAUAAUUCUUGGAAAGCUUGACAUGGUAACACCACCACUGUUGGUAACUUCUACUAUUGAGGGGAAAUCAUUUGAAGUUCCCAGUAAUACUUCUUCUCAGAUGUUUGACAGUGAGUGUAAAUCAGUAAACGACGGGCAAGAAUUCAUGAAGAAAACAUUGCAGGAAAAGGAUUUGCUUAUCCAGACUUUACAAGAAAAUAAUCAGAGACUGUCUGAUUCUAUGGCUGUAUCAUCAGAGGCCGAAAGAAAGUGUCAACAGGAAUUUGGCUUGGAAAUAAAGCAGUUAAAGGAGAAAUCUGACAUUUUACAGAUGUCCCUCAAAGAAAAAGAUCUGCUGAUAAAAUCAAAAGGUGACCAGUUGCUUUCUCUGAGAGAAAAUCUUGGUAAUAAGGAGAGUGAAAAUGAGUUGCUGAAGCAAAGUGUCACUAACCUGAAAGAGAGGACGCUGAUUUUAGAAAUGGAUGUUUGUAAAUUGAAGGAAGAAAAUGACAGAAUAGCAGCAAAAAGCCAGGAAAAAGAAACGGAAUUCCGAGCACUACAAGAGACCAACAUGCAGUUUUCAAUAAUGUUAAGGGAGAAGGAAUUUGAACAUAAUUCCAUGAAGGAGAAAGCGCUUACAUUUGAAAAGAUGCUGAAAGAAAGAGAACAGGGAAAGACAGGAGAACUAAACCAGCUGCUAAAUGAAGCCAAGUCAAUGCAUGAAAAAGCUGUUGCCUUUCAACAAGAGCGAGACCAAGUCAUGUUGGCCCUCAAACAGAAACAAAUGGAGACUAGCGCGCUACAGAAUGAGGUGCAAUAUUUACGUGAGAAGGAGCAGCGACUAAAUCAAGAGCUAGACAGGUUACGCAAUCAUCUUUUGGAAAGGGAAGAUACCUCCACACGUGAAGCUUUAGCCGCUGAGGAUCGGGAAUCAAAGCUAAAAAAGAAAGUCCGCGAUUUGGAGGAAAAGCUUCAGUCUUCAUCAACUGUAGUGGAAAAUGUCAGCCAUCAGGCAAGCAUGCAGGUGGAAUCUCUGCAAGAACAAUUGAACCUUGUUACCGCACAAAGAGAUGAGACUAUGCUUCAGCUAACACUUUCCCAAGACCAAGUUAAACAGUAUGCCAUAUCCCUCACAAACCUGCAGAUGGUGCUAGAGCAAUUUCAACGGGAAGAGAAAGCCAUGUAUUCAGCUGAGCUACAAAAAGCCCAAAAGCAGACUGCAGAAUGGAAGAAGAAAGCAGAGCAGUUACAAGACAAAGUGGUUUUGUUGCAAGAAAGGUUGGAUGAAGCAAAUGAAGCUCUAGGUUCUGCAUCAAGAUUAACAGAGCAACUAGAUCUGAAAGAAGAACAAAUUGAAGAAUUUAAAAGACAAGGUGCACUCAAACAAGAAAUGUUGGAAGAUGCGCAAAAUAAAUUAAUGAACCUCAUAAAUAGUACUGAAGGAAAAGUAGAUAAAGUCUUGAUGAGAAAUCUUUUUAUUGGGCAUUUCCAUACUCCAAAGAAUAAGCGUCAUGAGGUACUAAAGCUAAUGGGAAGUAUCCUAGGAAUAAAAAAGGAUGAACUGGAGGAGUUAUUGACUGAAGAUCACAAAGGUGUUACACAAUGGGUAACUGGUUGGUUUGGUGGAAGAGCUGCUGAAUCCAAAAGUGUCCCCAACACACCUCUCAGACCAAGCCAACAAUCGAUUUUCAACAGGUCUUUCUCAGAACUGUUUGUGAAGUUCCUUGAAACAGAAUCAUGCCCAACUCUCCCCCCACCAAAACUUUCUCUUGAUAACAUGAAGCCUUUAGGAAUGACAGGAAGUACUAGUUCUUCCAGCAAUGUGGCAGCAACAGGCUCAACCAGUCGAAGACCAGAUAUAAAUCCAUUCCUUGCGCCUCGAUCAGCAGCAGUCCCAUUCAUCUCUCCAGCUAAUCUUGGAACUAGCGGAUCUGGGCAUCUGCUUAUGAAACCAAUUUCAGAUGCCUUGCCCACCUUCACCCCAAUGCCAGUAGCACCUGAUGCUAGUGCAGGUGCAGUUUUAAAAGACCUAUUAAAGCAAUAGACUUGGAUGGAUUGAAGAGAAAAGCACUUUAAACAUACUAUACUGUAUUGAUCACAAAGAGGCCUUUUGUAAAAAGUUGUUAAUUUUCAAUAACUUUAAGAGUAAAGCAUUGUACAGGUAAAAACAAAAAAGUAUUGGCUAUCUAAAUCUUUUAUUCAUAAUUCUUCAACUAUGCAACACCAGUUUCUACAUACUGCUGUCAGUCUAAUCACACUUUAUCCCCCUUUCCCUUUCCUUUUCCUCAAUAGGCAUCUGCUGUUUGUGUUAUUUUAAUGUGUCCUUAUGUAUAAAUCCAGUUCGAUAGUGAUAGAAAUAGAUGGUUUGGAAGACCCAUCUGGUUUAGUAAAAUACCACUGUAGCUAUUCCCUCUCACACCUUAAGAGGGCCUGGAAUGUUCAGGCAGGAACUAUCUUCUGCUCUGUGUGACAUCCCAAUUCAGUCAGAUUCUGAUCUAAUCUGGAGCAGAAUUCUGUUAAAUGAGGAAUUGCAUAUUAUCCAAUUACAGUAUCAAUCUGGAAUAUUUUUGUGAUCAGAAUUAGAUCAAAAGAAAUUAUAAAAGAAUAUGAAUCAACUGAUCAAGUGUAUUUGGGGAGCAUAAAAUAUUAAAAACAAGAUAAUGUCAUCUCUGGAUGGCUAAGUAAUACUUGGCUGAGAUAGAACAUAUACAUUAGGAGGGGUUAGUUUUGUCUUCAUUCUCUCUCUGUCUCUCUCUUUCAGUCUUUGUCUCUUUUUCUCUGACCCCACUCUCUCUCUCAAACACACACACACCAUUCUUGAACUCUGAUAUAACUGGUUGUAAAAAAAGAAUGCUUUCUUAAAAUUCUGCAAGAACUAGAAAUGCCAUUAUUUUUUGUGCAAAAUGCUUUUGAAUUCUUAUUUAUGAGUUGCCCUUUCCAAAUGGACAUUAAGAGCAUUAAGGAGAUUGUGGACAUUUUUCUGUUUUCUGCUGACCAUAUUUAGUGGUUGACCACUAUUUAGAAACCUGAUAUGUAAAUUCCUGGUGUAAGAAUGUUUAACAUAAAGUACUGUAAUGACUUAAAAUGUAUAUUUAAGAGAUAAUCAUUUAUAUUCGUAAGUUUCAGUGAGAAUUUAAGUAUGAAUAUAUGUAUAAAGCUGCAAUGAGGGAUGAUGCUUAAUCCAAAUAUGUAAAUAAGCCCAAAUAAGAACAAAUAGAUUUCUGCAAAACUAUCUGUACAGAUUUGUUCUUUUCCUUUUGGAGAAAUUAUUUGAGACCCAACACAUUUUUACAAAGUGUUUUUUUCCCAUAAAACUAUGGCAUUAUUCUUAUGAUUAGGAUUAAAUGAAAAUUUUACAUCAAAUCCAGUUAGUUAUUCUUGCUGUCGAAUGGCUAUCAGCUGAAGAGAAGUAUCCCUCCCCCUUCCCCCAAAUCCCUCAUGUUUCAAAAUAUAUAAUGGUGGAGUAAAUAGGACUGGUGGAUGAUAGAACAAGGGGAAGGAAGUAGAAAAUAAUGUUAUGUUGAAUGAACAAAAGUUAUUUAAUAAAACUUGGAUUUGGGGUAGAUGGGUUUUUUGAAUUUGGAGCCUUGUUUUCUGCCAUGCUUAUUUUCUUCUCUGUUGUUUGAAUUGUUAUUUAAAUAUAAAGUGAAUCAUGAAAAUGUAGUUAGAUGCAUCCAAAUGCUUUAGAUGUUCCCAAAUGCAUGGGGAAAGCGUUUUGCUUCUAUUUAGAAUUCCACAUCCUUACAAAUUUGCCAGUCUUGCAAAAGUGACCAUUAAUAAUUUUCAUUUUUUAAACUUUCAUUUUCAGAAUUUUUCAUUGGUUCUAGUUUUUUAUACAUUGGAAGGGGAUGUUUUAUUCCAAACAGAAAGUCAAGAAUGAAUUGUGGCUUAGGAACUUUAUAUCAAUUUCUGAAAAGUUAAUUCUCAAUAUCAAUUCAUAAGCAAUUUUUACUAUCUCUUUACUAUAUGUUAUAUAUCUAUAUUCUUUUGCAUAUAUUUUAUAUCAAAGUUUUUAGCAUAAGGCCCAGAUUGUUUAUUGCUUAUGAAUCUAACAGAUGGUACCUAAGAACAAGUAGAAGCUGCAUUUGUAUACUAGUUCUUUUAAUAAGAAUUCUAUACAUUUCAUAUUUACACAUUGCAAAUACAUAAAUAUGGCUACAAGUUCAGGUUGUUGGGAUAUCAGCAUUCCUAUUUAAUCUUUAAAUAAAACUCAUAAACCUUAGCAUUGUCAAGAGGGAGAUGAAGCCUUCUCUACAAUAGUCCAAAAAUUAAUUCACAGAAUU